GGAAGAAGGCACUUUUUUUACGCUGGCGGAAUGCGGCAGGUGUAGCGUGGGAGCCACCCAUCGAGGCGAACUCCUGUCAGGCGGAAUAGUGCAGCCUGUCAUUGUGCAGCAGCGCGCCGAAGAGGAACCACUAACUGGGUUUAUUGUGUGAGGACGACACAGGAGGAGGACUGCAGAGGUUUGCUGUCUUGAGUGAAUGGUUGACCUUUCACCUCCAGCAGCUCCAGACAGAGACUGAGCACGAGCUCAGCAACUUACAGAAGAAGAACUUGCACUUUGAAGGCCGCCUGCUCCAACUGACCUCCAAACUGUUUGUGCUGCAAGAGAAGAAGAAACAAAUCCAGCAAGAAUUCACAAGUAACCCCACCCGUCAGACGUCCACUGAGCAGUUGUAUGCUUGUCAGGAGCUUCAGGCCUCCGUUGCUGAGAGUUUGGUCCAGGUCGAGAGGCUUGUGUUUCAAAAGGAGGCACUGAGCGCGCUCCGUAACCUUCUGAGGCAAGACCUGCACAGAUAUCAGGAAGAAAGUACGAGGCUAACAAGUUUUACAGCAACCAUACGCAACCACUUGCACAAGUCCAAAGAAGAAGACGACAACCCGAGUGUCCCCAGCAUGCAGGAAAAGAAUGAGACAGUGCAACAAAGUGACAUGCAAACGCCAGAGUCUCCUUCCCGCUCGCCACUUAGUCCUCUGCAGACCAGCAACAAAGGAGAGGCCAAUCAGAACUGGAGAGCCAGUCAGAAGAACGCGGGCCUCUCGAAUCUUCAGCGAGCUGGCAGUGUCAAAGAUCUAAUCAGUAAAUUCUCUGGUCCAGAUUGCGACCCGUAUCUCAGGUCUCCCCAUAGUCUUUGUUCUGCGGCAGGAAGAGCUCAAAAGCCCACUUCCUCUGAGACUACCUGUCCUCCAAAGUCAAAGUUAAAGUCGGGUCCGACCGUUAUCGGUCAAGACCACAAGCCAGUUCCAAGCAUCUCUGUGACUCCUCCGUCCAAGGAAGAUAGUCAGAGUGUGGUGGUGUUGGCUCAGAGAGUCGUCCAAACUAGCCAGAUAACCGCAAGGAUUGAUUGUCCAGUAGGGAGCGGCGGUGAGAGGACAGAUUCAAACAAAAGCACAGACUCUGGUAGAGAUUCAGUGGCGGACUCUGGGAUGGGAUCGGAGCCUGAAAGUGAUGCCAACAAGCAGCCGGACAGCCUGUCAGAGGAGGAGCCCUCCACUCCCCGAGUCGUGCCACCCAGCCCCAAAUAUCAGAUGUUCCUUGACAACGAGCUGAAGACCAACGGCUUGAGUAGCAGGGAUGCAGAUGGUCUCGGAGGCGGGGGGUUACUGGGGGAGAACGGAGCCAAGCUGUCCCGGUGGGAGACCACGCGACCAGGCAGCUACCUAGGGUCCUUGGAGUCCAUCGCCUCGCGGGACCUGGACUUUGAUCGGACAAGUGUGGUGGAAAACCCCGGUCGAGUCUUCAACAGUCCCUACGGCAUCAACAUGAACACGCACCACUUGUCCGGAAUGUCUCCCGCCACCUCAGAAUUGAACCUGCACACCUACGGCCAAAGCAACAAUCCAGUGCCAAUGUCGGGGCCCAACCUCAUCCCCCAUCGCACACGAUACUCCGCAUACGACGCUCUGAUGAGGAGGAGGAACGACAUCCCCAACCCUGUGAUUCAAAACCACUACAGCUUACGAUCGUCCACAAUGGGCGGCCUCAGCAGGAAAGACUUCAUUGAGGAACUGACCAAACAGUUGGAUGCCUGUCAGAAGCGUAAUCAGUUCCUGGAGGCCGAGAGUGUUGAGAUGGAGAAAGAGAGGAACCAGAUCAGGUUUGAAAUGCGUGGCCUGCUGGUGAACAACGAAGACCUGCUGAGGACCAACACUCAGCUGGCCAAUGAGAUGAAAAGAAUGAGAGAGCAGAUAUUAGAGAUGGAGAGAACCAAUCAGGUCCUGGCGGAGAAACACAGAGAGAUGGAGAUUGAGGUGAAGCAGGCCCGCGACAUGAUGCUGGAGGCCAACACCCAGGAGUACGCCUUCAACUUCCUCCAGCAGUCCCUGAAAAACCAGAUCCAGGAUGCUGAGGAGAGCCUGGAGAAGCAAACUCUGCAUUCUCAGUCUCUGGCGGAGAAGCUGUGGCUUGCAGAGAGACAACUGGAGGAGCUGGAAGUGGACAAGGACAGCAAACACAAGAAGACCUCGGAACUCCACAGCACCAUCCUUAGACUGGAGACAGAGCUGGCAGAGGCCGUGCAGACGUCCACCCAGUCCUCAGCAGAGUUACACCUGCAGCAGAAAUUGCGUCAGGAGGACCAGAUGAGGGUGGAGGAGCUGGAGGAGACCUUGCUGGAGAAGGAGCAGGAGCUGCAGAAGUACCAAGCUAUCGCCAACCGCUUGCAGGGAGAGGUGUCAGGCAAGCUGAUUGACAAGGAGCGCACGCUGGAGGAGGAGAUCCAGCUGAGAGAGAGGCUCCAGCUGCAGUGCAAGCAGGCGGAGAGGACCGUGGACGACCUCCACAUGGAGCUGCAGGCCACCAUCCAGGCCAGAGAUGACCUGGCCAAGCAGUUUAAACAGGCUCAGGAAAAAUUGAUCGACCUGGAGACCGACGUGGAGGAGCUGCACGACAGCGAGCAGAGAUGGGCCGCCAAGCACAAGAGAGCUAUUGAUCAGAUGGAGCAGCUGCAGAUGAAGGUCAUUCAGGAGAAAGAUCUGAACGACCAGCUGGAAACGGAGAGAAACAUCAUGGAGAGACAGUACCGUGAUCUCCGCGUGGAGUUGGACGACCUUCAGAGUUCCAAACCUUCGGAUGAUCUUAUCUCCAAGUCGGAGAGCCGAGUCAAAGAGCUGGAGAACGCUCUCAGGACUGAGGAGAGGAGUAAAGCUCUCCUUAACAACAGCAUUGGCAAACUGGAGAGGAGGAUCAAUGAACUGGGCGAUCAGAUGGAGGAGGAGCACAGGAUAGCCACUGAGCAGAAGGACCUGAUGGCCCAGAGGAUCCGCACUCUGAAGCGGCAGCUCAACGAGACGGAGGAAGAGGCCAGCCGAAGAGACACACAGCUGCGUCACACUCAGCGGGAGCUGGCGGAGGAGAGGGAGUCCAAUGGACGACUGCAAAGGCAGAUGAUAGAACAACAUGUUAAUCGAAAGGACACCCUGACAAUUCGUCACACUCUGGAUAACCUGCGGCUGGGCCUCGACGUGGACGAGGACGGCGAGGUGGAGCCAACACGCGAAGAACAGACGGAGGAGAAACAAGAGAAAACGCCGGAACAGAUCAGUAAGGUCACUGAGGUCUAACAUCGGUGCGUUUCGGAAGAGGGAGGAGGAUUCCAGAGGGCACGUUCUAUCAGUGCCUUCAACACUUAUCAGCAUCAGAACAUACUAGUAUUAAAUAUUCCAUGGUGUUUUCACUGGGUUAUUGUUGUAUUCCACAGCUUAGUUCUUGUUAAGUAGAACUCACACAUGAACCGUAUUGUACCAAGUCACAUGACAUAUCUGCAGGUCUGAUACAAACAUGACAAUCCCUAACGUCAAAUGUUGACCAGAAUGAUGCCUUGAUUUGGAUUUUAGAUUUAAACGUAUAAAAAAAAAACACUCUGCGAAAACAUAAAAGCCUUUUCUUGCACAAUUUACUGCAUCGACAAUUCUGCUUUUGCAAAGAUAAUACAGUGGAACCCGCUUCAGUCGACAACCCAACUUUUCAAUUAACUCCUCAAGUCCCAGUCCACUGCAUUCUUACUAAAAAAAACA